AUGUCACCAAGAGCAGCAGGGCAGACUGCCAAGUCUGCGCAGAUGGUUGCGCCUAAGCAAUCGCCGGCCAAGAGCGCUGCAGCCAGCAAAAUGCAUAGAAGAUCGCGCUCAGGCCUCCAGUGCGAAUACAAACGACCGUUAUGGUGGAAUGACAAUACUCUGCGGAAGAAGCAGAAAGAGCACAUCAAGUCGGUCAUCAAGCGGACCAAGGUGUCGGAGAAAGCGACACAUGGCUCCAUGGGUGCGGACACUCCUCCAGGAUUAUCAUACUCCCUGCCAACAUCAGCGUCCUAUUCAGGAAAUCCACAUACACGCGCCCCAUCCGUUGACUCUCCCUACUCCCCCGGAUACGACUUCAGCCAACAGCCAAUCCACGAUCAAUUCGACAUGUACAACAAUGUCCUUUCCCCUCCUUACGAUGCGAAUUCACACUACCAGGGUUUCCUCCCACCACCGUAUGAGGUUGACAUCAAGACCGAGAGCCAAAUGUACGUCAACGACGUUCCCACUCGGAAAGACUCCUCAACGUCGAGCUUCAGCACAUAUCAUCCACCCCCAGUCACAGCCGGUAUGACACCUUUUCCGGAAGAGCAUGCCUGGGUACACGAUGAAAUUUACGGGAAUGAAAACAUUUUUGGAGCUGAGGAGGCGUUGGAUUUUGACUUCGGGUAUGACACGCCGCAAAUUUCGCAGUCAGUGCGGAUCGAUGUCGAGGAUUGCGACAGGCCAUUGCUGGACCACUUUAUCGAAAACGUUCUGAGGCUCAUUUUCCCGGUCCAUGAGGUCAAUCAGCAUGGCUCAGCAAGAUCAGAGAUCAUCUUGCGUGCUCUUGAGUCGAACAAGGCCUACCUGCAUUGCGCUUUGAGCAUUUCUGCAAGCCAUCUCAAGUCCGUCCAGCGAGUGCAAAGCGAGCAACUUGAACUCGAUAUCAUGAAGCAUCGCGGCGCAUCUAUUUUCGAAAUAUGCGAGGCAUGCAAACGUAACACUGACACUGACCAUGAGCAGAUCCUGGAAGCAAGUUUGGGCAUGAUAUUUUUCCAAUGUACUGUUGGUAGACCAGGGGAUGAUUUAGCGGAUAUACCAUGGCACCAGCAUUUCCAGGCGGCUUCUGACUGUGUGAAAAGGCUCCAUUUGCAGCACAAUUUUGAACCGGUCGACGAUGAAACCCCGCGUCCGCCAUUCAAUAUGACACUCACCUCAUGGAUCGACAUUCUAGGCGCGACUAUGCUAGGAGGAUGCCCUCAAUUUGCAGCCACAUACCGUGGGAGGAAUGAGGGAAACCUUACCUCCGGAUUAUCCGAGCUUAUGGGCUGCGAGGACAAGGUUAUGUACAUCAUCUCGGAGAUUGCCUGUCUCGACUCGCUCAAAAUCACCGGCCAACUUGAUCACUUCCAAAUCUGCUCGCUCGUCGCCUCGCUUGGAAAAUAUCUGGAUACCAUAGAACAUUCAGAAUUAGGACGCGCAGAGUUUGAGCAUGCCUCCACACAAACUGGUGCCAUUCGUCCGAGGCAACUUUCAAAGAACAUGACCGCAAUGUACCUACUCGCCGCGCGCAUCUACGCCUGUUCUUUAAUACCUGAGUCUUCAAGACACAGUGAAUCCAUGCAAGGUCUCGUGGCUAGGUUAACAGGAGUACUUGAGUUCAUCCCCGCUGGACCCGAUGGGUUCGAUCGCUCGCUCGUUUGGCCACUCUUGAUCGGUGGAUCCAUGAGCACUCCUAAUUCACCAUUUCGCUUUGCCUUUGCGGAUCGGAUCGCAAGCCUCGGUGAGCAUGCAGAUUUUGGGAGCUUCGGCCGAAUGGUGCGCCUGCUUCAGGAAGUAUGGCGCCAAGCGGAUGAUGCGGGAGAAAGACAGGACGUCCACUGGCGGGACGUGAUGCAGCAGAAGGGCUGGGACUACCUGUUAAUAUGA